GCUAUCAACACUACGGCCGCUUGAGAAGACGAAGAAGUGGCAGCGAGCCAGGCAGCUGAGCCGAGCCAGUGUGCUGCCUGCCUCAGUGAACACAGCCCCGGAGCACCGACAGGCGCGGAAAGGUGAUAGAGCUGUCACACACACACACUAAAAACUGGAUUAUUACAGUCGCUGACGGCUGGAUCUGCCCCUCGGCCCGGUGGUGAAGAGGAGAGCCGCAGUCAUGUUGUCCUAGCCGGUCCAAAAGAAGCUGAACACCCGAGCGUUUACCACGACCGAGGUGUUCCCUGUGUGUCAAACAUGUCGGAUAAAAUGUCGAGCUUCCUGCAUAUCGGGGACAUCUGCUCCCUGUAUGCAGAGGGAUCCACCAAUGGUUUCAUCAGCACCCUGGGCUUGGUGGAUGACCGCUGCGUCGUCCAGCCUGACGCAGGGGACCUCAACAACCCUCCAAAGAAGUUCAGAGACUGUCUGUUCAGACUGUGUCCCAUGAACCGCUACUCGGCCCAGAAGCAGUUCUGGAAAGCGGCGAAGCCCGGAGGGAACACAGACACGGUGCUCCUCAACAAGCUCCAUCAUGCAGCUGACUUGGAGAAAAAGCAGAAUGACUCUGAAAACAAAAAGCUGCUCGGAUCAGUAAUUCAGUACGGGAAUGUCAUUCAGCUCCUCCACCUGAAGAGCAACAAAUACCUAACGGUGAACAAGCGUCUGCCCGCGCUGUUAGAGAAGAACGCCAUGAGGGUGAUGUUGGACACUGCAGGGAAUGAGGGCUCCUGGUUCUACAUCCAGCCCUUCUACAAACUGCGCUCCAUUGGGGACAGUGUGGUGAUCGGGGACAAAGUGGUGCUUAAUCCAGUGAAUGCUGGUCAGCCGCUCCAUGCCAGCACACACCAGCUCGUGGAUAAUCCGGGAUGCAAUGAGGUGAACUCGGUCAACUGUAACACCAGCUGGAAGAUCGUCUUGUUUAUGAAGUGGAGCGACAAUCAGGAGAUCAUCCUAAAAGGGGGCGACGUGGUACGAUUAUUUCAUGCCGAGCAGGAGAAAUUCCUCACCUGUGAUGAUCACAGAAAAAAACAAUAUGUAUUUCUCCGCACUACUGGGCGGCAGUCGGCUACCUCGGCAACCAGCAGUAAAGCCCUGUGGGAGAUAGAGGUGGUGCAGCAUGAUCCAUGCCGAGGGGGGGCGGGAUACUGGAACAGCCUGUUCAGGUUCAAACACCUGGCCACUGGACACUACCUGGCUGCAGAGGUGAAUCCAGAGUAUGAAGAGGAGUGCCUGGAGUCCCGCUCUCUGGACUCCGAGCAGGAAGUCUUACGGGCCCGUUUGAGAAACGUCCAGGACAAAGUCAUGUACACCCUUGUGUCCGUACCUGAUGGAAAUGACAUCUCUUCCAUAUUUGAGCUUGACCCUACCACAUUAAGAGGCGGAGACUCGCUGGUACCCAGGAACUCCUAUGUGCGCCUCAGACACCUGUGCACUAACACAUGGGUCCACAGCACCAACCAACCAAUUGACAAGGAGGAGGAAAAGCCUGUCAUGCUGCGCAUUGGCACCUCGGCACUGAAGGAGGACAAAGAGGCUUUUGCCAUUGUGCCCGUGUCCCCAGCUGAAGUAAGAGAUCUUGACUUUGCCAACGAUGCCAGUAAAGUGCUGGCCUCUAUUGCUGGAAAGCUGGAAAAAGGAACAAUCACACAGAAUGAGAGGAGAGCAGUGACCAAGCUUCUGGAGGAUCUGGUGUUCUUUGUGGUGGAUAUUCCCAACAACGGACAGGACGUUCUUGAGAUCAUGGUCAACAAACCCAACAGGGAGCGACAGAAACUAAUGAGAGAACAAAAUAUUCUCAAACAGAUCUUCAAGCUGCUGCAGGCUCCUUUCACAGACAGUGGGGACGGUCCCAUGCUGCGACUAGAGGAGCUGGCUGACCAGCGUCAUGCCCCCUUCAGACACAUCUGCCGCCUGUGUUACCGGGUUUUGCGUCACUCUCAGCAGGACUACCGCAAGAACCAGGAGUACAUCGCCAAACAGUUCCGCUUCAUGCAGAAACAGAUCGGCUACGAUGUCCUGGCUGAGGACACGAUCACAGCUUUGCUCCACAACAACCGCAAGCUGCUCGAGAAACAUAUCACUGCUGCAGAGAUCGACACGUUUGUAAGCCUGGUUCGCAAGAACCGUGAGCCAAGGUUCCUGGACUACCUGUCAGACUUGUGUGUGUCAAUGAAUAAGUCCAUCCCUGUGACACAGGAGCUCAUCUGUAACGCAGUGCUGGAUCCAGCAAACGCAGACAUCCUCAUAGAAACUAAACUGGUGCUGUCAAGAUUUGAGAUUGAGGGAGCACCGCUGGGGGAGAACUCUGUGGAGUCAGAGGAGGAUGAGGAAGAGGUUUGGUUGUUCUGGAAAGAUAGUAAUAAAGAGAUUCGCAGUAAAAGCAUCAGGGAGCUGGCCCAGGAUGCCAAGGAGGGCCAGAAGGAGGACCAGGAGGUGAUCAGUUAUUACAGAUACCAGCUGAACCUGUUUGCCAGAAUGUGUUUGGACCGCCAGUACCUGGCAAUCAACAAGAUCUCCGGCCAGCUGGAUGUGGACCUGAUCUUGCGAUGUAUGUCAGAUGAAGACUUGCCCUACGAUCUGCGAGCCUCCUUCUGUCGCAUGAUGCUGCACAUGCAUGUGGAUCGUGAUCCUCAGGAGCAGGUCACACCUGUCAAAUACGCUCGACUCUGGUCUGAGAUCCCCUCAGAGAUUGCCAUUGAUGAUUAUGACAAUGAUGGAACAUCUAAAGAUGAAAUUAAGGAGCGAUUCUCUCAGACUAUGGAGUUUGUUGAGAACUACCUGAGAGAUGUGGUGUGUCAGAGCUUCCCUUUUGCAAAUAAAGAGAAGAAUAAACUCACCUUUGAGGUGGUAAACCUGGCCAGGAACCUGAUUUAUUUUGGCUUCUACAACUUUAGUGACCUGCUGAGACUUACGAAGAUCCUGCUGGCUAUUCUAGACUGUGUCCAUGUGAGCACAGUUUUCCCUUUCAACAAGAUGGACAAAGAAGAAGAGUGUAAAGGCAGCAAUGUAAUGAGAUCCAUUCAUGGAGUAGGGGAGCUGAUGUCCCAAGUGGUCCUGAGAGGAGGAGGUUUCCUCCCCACAACUUCAAACGUGAGCUCCAGUGGAGACACAGUGAAGACCCAGACUGAACCUGAGAAACAGGACAUACUGGUCAUGGACACCAAGCUCAAGAUUAUUGAGAUCCUGCAGUUCAUCUUGAAUGUCCGUCUGGACUACAGGAUCUCCUGUCUGCUGUCUAUAUUUAAGAGGGAGUUUGAUGAGAGUAAUUCCCAGACUGAAUUAUCUGUAACUGGAGCAGUGGAGGGGCCGAACAACAUGCCAGGGGCUUUGGAUUUUGAGCACAUAGAGGAGCAGGCAGAGGGGAUAUUUGGUGGAAGUGAAGAGAACACCCCACUGGACCUUGACGAUCACGGUGGCCGCACCUUCUUGAGGGUCCUUCUCCACCUAACCAUGCAUGACUAUCCUCCUCUGGUGUCCAGAGCCCUCCACCUGCUCUUUAGGCACUUCAGCCAAAGGCAGGAGGUCUUGCAGGCCUUUAAGCAGGUCCAGCUGCUGGUCACCAGCCAAGAUGUGGAAAAUUACAAACAGAUAAAGUCAGACCUGGACCAGCUGCGCUCUAUCGUAGAGAAGUCUGAGCUCUGGGUGUACAAAAGGCAGGGGCCAGACGAGGCCAUGGACGCAGGAGAGGGGCUCUCCACUGAGCCAGAGCAUAAAAAGGGGGAUUCAGGGGGCACAGACAAACCAAAGAAAGCAGAAAGCACCAGCAGUUACAACUACAGGGUGGUGAAGGAGAUCCUGCUGCGGCUCAGCAGGUUGUGUGUUCAAGAAGGUUUGUCAGGUAGGAAGAGCAAGAAACAGCAGCAGAGGCUGCUGAGGAACAUGGGGGCUCAUGCUGUUGUCCUCGAGCUCCUACAGAUCCCCUACGAGAAGGGAGAAGACUUGCGUAUGCAGGAUAUUAUGAAGCUAGCCCACCAGUUUCUACAGAAUUUCUGUGCAGGAAAUCAGCAGAACCAAGCUCUGCUGCACAAGCACAUCAACCUGUUCCUCAACCCAGGGAUCUUAGAAGCCAUCACCAUGCAGCACAUCUUCAUGAACAACUUCCAGCUUUGCAGUGAGAUCAAUGAGCGUGUGGUUCAGCACUUUGUCCACUGCAUUGAAACACACGGCCGCAACGUUCAAUACCUCAAGUUCCUUCAGACUAUCGUCAAAGCAGAAAAUAAAUUCAUAAAAAAGUGUCAGGACAUUGUCAUGGCAGAGGUCAUGCCUCAUUAUCACCUCUCUUAUGUUUGGAAUACAGUCUCAUUAUGUCCUUAUGUCAUCAUGGUCAUUUGUUUCCUCCUACAGCUGGUGAAUGCUGGCGAAGAUGUUCUGGUCUUUUAUAACGACCGCGCCUCCUUCCAGACACUGGUCCAGAUGAUGCGAUCAGAGCGGGACCGCAUGGAUGAGAACAGUCCUCUGAUGUACCACAUACACUUGGUGGAGCUCUUGGCUGUCUGCACAGAGGGCAAGAACGUCUAUACAGAGAUCAAGUGUAACUCCUUGUUACCACUGGAUGACAUAGUGCGGGUGGUGACCCAUGAGGACUGCAUCCCUGAGGUGAAAAUCGCCUAUAUCAACUUCCUGAACCACUGCUAUGUGGACACCGAGGUGGAAAUGAAGGAGAUUUACACCUCUAACCACAUGUGGAAACUCUUUGAGAACUUCCUGGUUGACAUUUGCAGAGUUUGCAACAACACAAGCGACCGUAAGCACGCAGACACCAUUCUAGAGCGCUAUGUGACAGAGACGGUCAUGAGCAUUGUGACGACUUUCUUCAGCUCGCCUUUCUCUGACCAGAGCACCAGCCUGCAGGCCUCUCUGUUGGGGAAAAUAUUUCAGACCAGGCAACCAGUCUUUGUGCAGCUGUUGCAGGCAGUGUUCAGGGUCUACCACUGUACCUGGUUGGUCCCAGUCCAGAAGGGCUCUGUUGAGAGCUGUAUCAAGGUGCUCUCUGAUGUUGCUAAAGGCAGAGCAAUAGCCAUCCCCGUGGACCUGGACAACCAGGUGAACAACCUGUUUGUGAAAUCCAACAACAUUGUCCAGAAGACAGCCAUGAGCUGGAGACUUUCUGCUCGCAACGCUGCCCGCAGAGACUCUGUGGUGACCGCCUCGAGGGACUACAGGAACAUCAUCGAGAGGCUUCAGGACAUUGUGUCAGCUCUUGAGGACCGCCUGCGCCCAUUGGUCCAGGCUGAGUUGUCAGUUCUGGUAGAUGUGCUGCAUCGGCCCGAGCUGCUCUUCCCUGAAAACACAGACUCACGCAAGAAGUGUGAGAGUGGAGGUUUUAUAUGCAAGCUGAUCAAACAUACCAAGCAGCUGCUGGAGGAAAACGAGGAGAGACUGUGCAUCAAAGUUCUGCAGACGCUGCGAGAGAUGAUGACAAAAGACCGUGGUUAUGGAGAGAAGCUCAGGGCCUUUGAUGAUGAGAUGGAUAUGCCUAAGCAGCUGGAUCAGAACCAGCCUGAGAAGCUGCUGGAGGACCAGAAGAGGGGCGAGGCACUGAGACAGAUUCUGGUGAACCGUUACUAUGGCAACUUUCAUCGAAGUGGUGGGCGAAGGGACAGCCUGACGUCAUUUAGCAAUGGCCCCCUCAGUCCGGUAGGACCCGGCAAAAACCAGUCAGCAUUAGGGGGUCCUGGGGGCCUGAGUCGUGGGGAAAUGACCCUGGCGGAGGUACAGUGUCACCUGGACAAAGAGGGAGCCUCUGACCUGGUCAUCGACCUCAUCAUGAACACCACCAGCGACCGAGUUUUCCAGGAGAGCAUCCUCCUGGCUAUUGCCUUGCUGGAAGGUGGAAACACCACCAUCCAGCGCUCGUUCUUUUGCCGUCUGACAGAAGACAAGAAAUCUGAGAAGUUCUUCCGCGUCUUCUACGACCGUAUGAAGGUGGCGCAGCUGGAGAUCAAAGCCACAGUAACAGUAAAUACCAGCGACCUGGGAAACAGGAAGAGAGAUGAUGACAGCCAGGACAAGGACGUCCCUGUUCGCAAAAAAGCCAGAGACUCAGCGGUGGUGAUGACAGAGGAUGUCAAAGAGCAACUAUUAGAGGCCUCGUCUGCCACCAAAAAGGCCUUUAACUCUUACCGGCGGGAAGCAGACCCCGAGGACCACUUCAACUCAGCUGACGGCCAGGCCAGCACUGGGGACAAGAACCAGGACGAGGGAGAAAUGAGUUUUGUAAUCAUCAUCAUGCAGCCCAUCCUUCGCUUCCUCCAGCUGCUUUGUGAGAAUCACAAUCGUGAUCUACAGAACUUCCUUCGCUGUCAAAACAACAAGAACAACUACAACCUGGUGUGUGAGACUCUGCAGUUCUUGGACUGUAUCUGCGGCAGCACCACAGGUGGUCUCGGUCUGCUGGGCCUGUACAUCAACGAGAAGAAUGUUGCUCUCAUCAACCAGACUCUGGAGAGUCUCACAGAGUACUGCCAAGGCCCCUGCCAUGAAAACCAGAAUUGCAUUGCCACACACGAGUCCAAUGGAAUUGAUAUCAUUAUUGCAUUGAUCCUUAACGACAUCAACCCACUGGGGAAAAAGCGGAUGGACCUGGUGCUGGAGCUCAAGAACAAUGCAUCCAAGCUGCUGCUCGCCAUCAUGGAGAGUCGUCAUGACAGUGAGAACGCGGAGAGGAUCCUGUACAACAUGAGGCCUAAAGAGCUGGUGGAGGUGAUAAAGAAGGCCUAUCUGCAGGGAGAGGUAGAGUUCGAGGACACAAAAGAGGAGGAGGAUAACGGGGAAGAGGAGGAACACGAUGCUGCUUCUCCCCGAAAUGUCGGACACAAUAUCUACAUCUUAGCUCACCAGUUGGCACGUCAUAAUAAGGAGCUGUGCAUGAUGUUAAAGCCAGGAGGAGCCAGUGGGGAGGGAGAUGAGGCCUUGGAGUUCUACGCCAAACACACGGCUCAGAUAGAGAUUGUGCGCCAGGACCGCACCAUGGAGGAGAUCGUGUUUCCUGUGCCCAACAUCUGCGAGUUCCUGACCACCGAGUCAAAGCUGCGAGUCUACUACACCACAGAGAGAGACGAGCAGGGCAGCAAGAUCAACGACUUCUUUCUGAGAGCAGAGGAUCUCUUUAAUGAGAUGAACUGGCAGAAGAAACUCAGAGCCCAACCAGUGCUGUACUGGUGCUCCAGAAACAUGUCAGUGUGGAGUAAUGUUUCCUUCAACCUGGCGGUGCUCAUGAACCUGUUGGUCUGCUUUUUCUACCCUCUGGAGGGGGUACAUGCAGGUAUGCUGGAUCCCCACCUGUCUGCGCUGCUGUGGAUGGGAGUUUUGGCAACACUGGUCAUUGUUAUCAUUAUGCCCCAACCGCUGGGCAUCCGUGCCCUCGUCAUUAUCACAAUACUCCGUCUCAUCUUCUCCGUUGGCCUGGAACCCACCCUGUUCCUUCUGGGCGCUUUCAAUGUGUGCAAUAAAAUCAUCUUCCUGAUAAGUUUUGUGGGGAACCGAGGAACCUUCACAUGGGGCUACAAAGCCAUGGUGUUGGACUUUGAGUUCCUUUACCACCUUAUGUACCUCAUCAUCUGCUCUCUGGGGGUGUUUGUCCAUGUCUUUUUCUACAGUCUGCUGCUGUUCGACCUGGUAUACAGGGAAGAGACACUGCUGAAUGUAAUCAAGAGUGUGACCCGCAACGGACGCUCUAUCGUGCUCACCGCUGUCCUGGCUCUCAUCUUGGUCUACCUGUUCUCCAUUGUUGGCUACAUUUUCUUCAAAGACGACUUCAUCCUGGAGGUGGAUCGUAUCCCCAACACGACUCUGAAAAAUGGAGCCAGUCUGGCCAGUGAGUUUGUGUCUGCAGGAAUAUGUCAGGGGGGCAUGGAUGAGAACUGCACCACAGAAGCCCCGCAGGAAGAUUUUGGGAACGACAAUGAGGAGGACAGCGACAUGGAGCGGACGUGCGACUCUCUACUUAUGUGUAUCGUCACUGUGCUGAGUCACGGCUUGAGGAGUGGAGGGGGUGUAGGGGAUGUGCUCCGCAAGCCUUCCAAAGAGGAGCCACUGUUUGCAGCCAGAGUGAUAUACGACCUGCUGUUCUUCUUCAUGGUCAUCAUCAUUGUGCUCAACCUCAUCUUUGGUGUCAUCAUUGACACCUUUGCUGACCUGAGGAGUGAAAAACAGAAGAAAGAAGAAGUCCUAAAGACUACCUGCUUCAUCUGCGGCCUGGAGCGGGACAAGUUUGACAACAAGACAGUGACUUUUGAGGAGCACAUCAAAGAGGAGCACAACAUGUGGCACUACCUGUUCUUUAUUGUGCUGGUAAAAGUCAAAGAUUCCACAGAAUACACAGGCCCCGAGAGCUAUGUGGCUGAGAUGAUCAAGGAGCACAACCUGGACUGGUUCCCACGGAUGCGCGCCAUGUCACUGGUGAGCAGCGAUGCAGAGGGUGAGCAAAAUGAAAUCAGGAACCUGCAGGAGAAGCUGGAGUCGACCAUGAGGCUGGUUGCCAACCUGUCUGGACAGCUGACUGAGCUCAAGGAGCAGAUGACAGAGCAGAGGAAGCAGAAGCAACGAAUUGGUCUUCUCGGUCAUCCCCCUCACAUGAACAUUAACCCCCAGCAGCCUGCCUGAGGGCCGUUGGGGCCAGUUUCACCAGUGCCUGCGCAACUCCUGUCGGUGCACCACAUGUUAGACAGGAGGAUGCCAAAUCGUGUCCGACUCCAGUAUGUAUUUAGGUCGAUGUCUGACUGAACACUUCUCCAGAAACUCCUACAAUAAGUGUUUCUGCAACAUGCGUGCUUCUGAGUGUCUGUGUGAAGUGAAAGUUUUGUGACUACAUUACUCGCGGUCUGUAGUGUGGACGUGUCUGUGUGGGUGGAGUGUGCACCAAGUGCCUCAGGUCCUGAGAAGCCAGUCCUGUGGUUUUAGGAGAUGAAAACACUGACUUCAGCUUUACUACCCUGAAUGCCUUCUGCAUUGUGACAGAAUGCCAAAGUUCAGCCAUUGCUCCUGAGGGGGGGUUCCUCUCAAGUGGCCUUGACUUGAGGUUUUAAUCCUCAGCGUUGCACCAGCAAACUCAGGUCACAUGUGGAUUUGAAGGUUUGUAUGAACUCUACAACACAUUAUUUAAUAUUUUUGUUUCUUGUCUGACAGCAAUAGGAAUACUCACUCAUAUGCAAUGUCUAAAUAAGAAUUAACUAUUUUUGGGAACUGGUAUUUGAUUUUAUAUUUGAAACAUGAAGACUUAAACCUGUAAACAAUCCUGAAGAGGUCACCAUGCUUUUACAAAGUUUCUCAAUGCUGUUAUAAAGUCUGUACAGUGUUCAUUAAAUAUCACUUCCACAUUAUUUAGGAUCUCAAAUGAAGGUUCUACUCAUUUCAGGACACUAAAGAUAAAAGAGGCUUUCAAGGGGACAUUGAAACUUGUUAAGAGAAAUAAUGUUGACCUUUUUUUGUAACCAUUAUUUUGAAUAAUGGACCAUAUGAACCUACAGGGGAGAAGGAGCAAAUUAUGUGACCACUUCAUUCUGAAGCUGGUUCCAUGUUGUGCUUAAUAAUAGUAGUGAUAUGGAGUCACGUUGUUAGCGUACUGUAGAAGGAUUUUGUGAGAUACAUUAGUCGAAUUAGAUUUAUUCUUCUCUGCACUGAAUAUGUAAUCUUUCUUUCAUUCAUUUAGUCCUAAAGCACUGAUAUUUUCUGUAGCACACAAAUGAUUGUUACGUCACUUUGUAAAAGACCCACUAGAGAAUGACUGUUUGAGUGCUUGAGUGUGUGUGGGGUGGGUGGGGGUAAAAAAUAACUAAUAGAUGUCAUUUGGAGUGCUACUUGACCAAACUGAACUUUUAUACUAAUGGAUGGUUUGUGUCUAAAUUGUACAUUCCAUUCUUGGAGUCUAUUUAAAUAAACAAGCGUGUAAAAUAAUCUCUUGGUGAGUGUUUAACG